AUGUUGCCAUUCUCUAACCACAGAAGUAAAAAAACUCUUCACCAUUUGGUUUCAACACUCUCAUGCAAACACUCCUCUUCUUUCUCCACACACACCAAUCUCCUCUCUUUAAUCUCCAACACCAAAUCUCUCUACCAAACCAAGCAAUCUCAUGCCUUUGCACUCCUCAAUGGUUUCCUUCCUCAAAGUAUCUCGCUUUGUGCCUCUCUCAUCCUCAAGUACGCCACUUUUCAUGACCCCACUACCUCUCUCUAUCUCUUUCAACAAACUCUUCCAUUCUCUCGCUCUGCUUUCUUGUGGAAUACACUUAUUCGCGCUUUGUCAGUGGCUGGCGUUAAUGAUGAUUUUAGAACAUAUAAUCAGAUGGUUAAAAUGGGUGUUAGGCUUGAUGAUCACACCUUUCCUUUUGUAAUCAAAGCUUGUGCCGAUAAUUUGAAUGCUCAAAAGGGCAGAGAGAUUCAUGGGGCUGUGUUUAAACUUGGAUUUGAUUCGGAUGUGUUUGUAGGGAACACACUGUUGUUGUUCUAUGGGAAUUGCGGGAGUUUGAAAGAUGUGAAGAGGGUGUUUGAUGAAAUGCGUGAAAGAGAUGUUGUGUCGUGGAAUACGGUCAUUGGGGUGUCUUCGAUUCAUGGGUUUUAUGCAGAGGCUAUUGAUUUAUUUUGUGAAAUGAAUUUGAGGUCUGGGUUUAGGCCAAAUAUGGUCAGUGUUGUGAGUGUUUUGCCAGUUUGUGCGGGACUUCAGGAUGACGUUAUGGGGAGGCAAAUUCAUUGUUAUGUUCUAAAGAUUGGCUUGGAUUCUCAUGUGACCGUAGGGAAUGCUAUAGUUGAUGUGUAUGGAAAAUGUGGGUACGUGAAAGAUUCGAGGCGUGUUUUUGAUGAAAUGGCAGUGAGAAAUGGGGUUUCUUGGAAUGCAAUUAUUACAAGUCUUGCUUAUCUCAAGCGUAAUCAAGAUGCGUUGGAGAUGUUUAGACUGAUGAUUGAUGAAGGAGUGGAACCAAAUUCUGUCACCAUUUCCAGUAUGUUGCCUGUCUUGGUUGAAUCAGAACAUAUUGACUUUGGAAAGGAAAUUCAUGGGUUUAGUCUAAGGUUUGGACUAGAAUCCGAUAUCUUUGUCGCCAAUGCUUUGAUUGAUAUGUAUUCAAAAUCAGGUCAUUCAUCUCAAGCGUCCAAUGUGUUUAACCAGAUAGGCGAAAAGAAUGUUAUUUCAUGGAAUGCCAUGGUAGCUAAUUUUGCUCAAAAUAGGCUUGAAUUAGCAGCAGUAGAUUUAGUGAGGCAAAUGCAAGCUGAUGGUGAAAUACCAAAUUCUGUCACCUUCACGAAUGUUCUUCCAGCAUGUGCACGAAUAGGAUUCCUUCGUCCUGGAAAAGAAAUCCAUGCAAGGGCAAUUCGCACAGGGUGCUCCGUUGAUCUUUUUGUGUCCAAUGCUCUGACAGAUAUGUAUGUAAAAUGUGGCUGUCUAAAUCUUGCUCGAAGUGUCUUUAAGAUCUCUCUUAGAGAUGAAGUAUCUUAUAACACUUUAAUUAUAGGCUAUUCUCAAACAACUGAUUGCUCAGAAUCUCUUAGUUUAUUCUUGGAAAUGAGGAUUAAGGGUAUGGAGCUUGAUGUAGUUUCCUAUAUGGGUGUUAUUUCAGCUUGUGCAAGUCUAGCUGCAUUGAAGCAAGGGAAAGAGGUUCAUGGAUUAGUAGUAAGAAAGCAUUUGCACACACACCUUUUUAUUGCCAAUUCACUUUUGGACUUCUAUAUCAAAUGUGGACAAAUUGGUUUUGCUGGAAAGGUCUUUGAUCGAAUUCCAAGCAAGGACGCCGCCUCUUGGAAUUCUAUGAUUUUAGGUUAUGGAAUGCUGAGUGAAAUGACGAUUGCUAUCAACCUUUUCGAAGCAAUGAAGGAAGAUGGGGUGGAAUAUGAUUCAGUCUCAUACAUUGCAGUCUUGUCAGCUUGCAGUCAUGGAGGGCUAGUUGAAGUGGGGAAGAAAUAUUUUGAGCAUAUGCAGGCUCAGAAUAUUAAGCCAAAGCAAAUGCACUAUGCUUGUAUGGUCGAUCUCCUUGGCCGGGCUGGACUUAUGGAGGAAGCAGUAAAACUUAUUAAAAGCUUACCUAUUGAACCAGAUGCCAAUGUAUGGGGUGCUUUGCUUGGGGCAUGCCGAAUACAUGGGAAUAUUGAGUUGGCUUGUUGGGCAGCUGAACAUUUAUUUAAGCUGAAACCCCACCAUUCCGGAUACUACUCAAUUCUUUCAAACAUGUAUGCAGAAGCUGGAAAAUGGGACGAGGCAAACCAGGUAAGGGAAUUGAUGAAAUCGAGGGGUGCAAAGAAAAAUCCUGGUUGCAGCUGGGUUCAGAUUGAUGACGAGGUUCAUGCUUUUGUGAAUGGAGAGAGAAUGGUGAAUGUUGAUUCAGGUCUUCGAUUUGCAGAUUACUAA